CCACCUCUAAGUGGGACUCAGAGGGCGUAUCGAUGACUGAAGACUUGAAUCAACCGCUUGGAUAUUACUUGUCGUUCUUCCCGGUCGUGUUCAUCGAUGGUAGCGGUUAUCAUAAUGUCUUGUGGGACGUGACUAUCGAUUCUUAUGACCGAUUGAGACACGAGUCGCGGCUAACCAUCGCAAGUCUGGACUCUGGAUCCGGGUUUGAAUCGACAUUCUUGAGGGAAAUCACUUUUGAGACCAAAUUCGAUGUACUGUUUAAGAUUUCGGUUCCAUCGCUACUGAAGUCGUCAAAAGUGGGGGAUAUAUCUCAAGACAUUAGAGACCAGUGCGGAGAUACUGUCACCGCAUUUGUGGGCCAUUUA